AUGGCAGUAUGGAGUGAAAACCAACCUACAAGCAUGGUGCAAGCAACCUACAGGCGUGGUGCAUGCAAGCAACCUACAGGCGUGGUGCAUGCAAGCAACCUACAGGCGUGGUGCACGCAAGCAACCUACAGGCGUGGUGCACGCAAGCAACCUACAGGCGUGGUGCACGCAAGCAACCUACAGGCGUGGUGCACGCAAGCAACCUACAGGCGUGGUGCACGCAAGCAACCUACAGGCGUGGUGCACGCAAGCAACCUACAGGCGUGGUGCACGCAAGCAACCUACAGGCGUGGUGCACGCAAGCAACCUACAGGCGUGGUGCACGCAAGCAACCUACAGGCGUGGUGCACGCAAGCAACCUACAGGCGUGGUGCACGCAAGCAACCUACAGGCGUGGUGCACGCAAGCAACCUACAGGCGUGGUGCACGCAAGCAACCUACAGGCGUGGUGCACGCAAGCAACCUACAGGCGUGGUGCACGCAAGCAACCUACAGGCGUGGUGCACGCAAGCAACCUACAGGCGUGGUGCACGCAAGCAACCUACAGGCGUGGUGCACGCAAGCAACCUACAGGCGUGGUGCACGCAAGCAACCUACAGGCGUGGUGCACGCAAGCAACCUACAGGCGUGGUGCACGCAAGCAACCUACAGGCGUGGUGCACGCAAGCAACCUACAGGCGUGGUGCACGCAAGCAACCUACAGGCGUGGUGCACGCAAGCAACCUACAGGCGUGGUGCACGCAAGCAACCUACAGGCGUGGUGCACGCAAGCAACCUACAGGCGUGGUGCACGCAAGCAACCUACAGGCGUGGUGCACGCAAGCAACCUACAGGCGUGGUGCACGCAAGCAACCUACAGGCGUGGUGCACGCAAGCAACCUACAGGCGUGGUGCACGCAAGCAACCUACAGGCGUGGUGCACGCAAGCAACCUACAGGCGUGGUGCACGCAAGCAACCUACAGGCGUGGUGCACGCAAGCAACCUACAGGCGUGGUGCACGCAAGCAACCUACAGGCGUGGUGCACGCAAGCAACCUACAGGCGUGGUGCACGCAAGCAACCUACAGGCGUGGUGCACGCAAGCAACCUACAGGCGUGGUGCACGCAAGCAACCUACAGGCGUGGUGCACGCACGCAACCUACAGGCGUGGUGCACGCAAGCAACCUACAGGCAUGGUGUCUGAUCAAGUGCCUCAGGUGUUUGAUCAAGUGCCUCAGGUGCUUGAUCAAGUGCCUCAGGUGCAGGAGCACGUGCUGGUGGCAUCGCUGCUGCUCAGCUGGUCCAUUACUGAGGUGCGCUGGGGAGUGCAGGAGGGGGGGGAGGGGGGGAGGCAGGGGAGGGCGCGGGGGGUGCACCGGGGGUGCGGAGGGUGCGUGAGGGGUGCGCUGGGAGUGCUUAAGAAGUGCGCAGGAGGGGACGUCAGGGGUGCGCGCUGUUGA